GUUAGAAGUUCCUGGGAGGCCCCGUGUGGACCGAGCCUAGCUGAGCACUGAUUCAUUUUGACUUGAGUUCUCUCAAUGGGAAGAAUGGGGGAGAUUUGCAGCCUCGUCCUCAUCACCAUUGCUCUGAUAAUGGGAAGGGAAAGCUGGGCCCUCAAGAAUGAGAACUGUUUGCAGGAGCAGGUGAGGCUCAGGGCUCAGGUGCACCAGCUUGAGACCCGGGUCAAACAACAACAGGCCAUGAUUGCACAACUCUUGCAUGAGAAGGAAGUCCAGCUCCUGGAUAAAGGACAGGAGAACAGUUUCAUUGACCUUGGAGGCAAGAGGCAUUAUGCAGAUUGUUCAGAGAUUUACAAUGAUGGAUUUAAGCAGAGUGGAUUUUACAAAAUCAAACCUCUUCAAAGCCUGGCAGAAUUCUCUGUUUAUUGUGACAUGUCUGAUGGAGGAGGAUGGACUGUAAUUCAGAGACGAUCUGAUGGCAGCGAGAACUUUAACAGGGGUUGGGAUGACUAUGAAAAUGGCUUUGGAAACUUUGUCCAAAACAAUGGUGAAUACUGGCUGGGUAACAAAAACAUUAACUUGCUGACUACACAAGGAGACUACACUUUAAAAAUUGAUCUAACAGAUUUUGAGAAAAACAGCCGCUUCGCACAAUAUGAAAGUUUUAAAGUUGGCGAUAAAAAGUCUUUUUAUGAACUGAAUAUUGGAGAAUAUUCUGGCACAGCUGGAGACUCCUUGUCGGGAACUUUUCACCCUGAAGUGCAGUGGUGGGCUAGUCACCAAAGGAUGAAGUUCAGCACAUGGGACAGAGAUAAUGACAACUACAAAGGGAAUUGUGCAGAGGAAGAGCAGUCUGGAUGGUGGUUUAACAGGUGUCACUCUUCAAACCUGAACGGUGUGUACUAUGAAGGUUCCUACACAGCAGAAACAGAUAAUGGUGUUGUCUGGUACACCUGGCAUGGGUGGUGGUAUUCCUUGAAAUCUGUAGUUAUGAAAAUUAGGCCAAGUGAUUUUAUUCCAAAUAUUAUUUAGUUGUCCCCAUUGGGAUCUCCUUUCUGUAAUUAAUCUUGGUUUUAAAUAUUUGAAAAAUAUACGAUUCUAAAUAAUAC